CCUCCUUCCUUUAUUAUACUUCUCCAAAUUUCUCACUUCAACUUUCAACCUCUUUCCUCUGUCAUCUUUCUCUUUCUCUUUCUCUUUCUUCUAUCCACACCUUUAUUCAAACCAAAACAUGAGCAACAUAAGCAUGGUAGAGGCAAAGUUGCCACCAGGGUUCAGGUUCCAUCCAAGAGAUGAAGAGCUUGUGUGUGAUUACUUGAUGAAGAAGGUCACACACAAUGAUUCCCUUCUCAUGAUAGAUGUUGACCUUAACAAGUGUGAACCUUGGGAUAUUCCUGAAACAGCAUGUGUGGGAGGGAAAGAGUGGUAUUUCUACACACAAAGAGACCGUAAGUAUGCAACAGGGUUACGCACAAAUCGUGCCACUGCCUCAGGGUACUGGAAGGCCACAGGGAAGGACAGGCCUAUCCUUCGCAAGGGCACCCUUGUUGGGAUGAGGAAGACUUUGGUGUUCUAUCAAGGAAGGGCACCCAAAGGUAGAAAAACUGAGUGGGUGAUGCAUGAGUUUCGCAUUGAAGGGCCCCAUGGACCUCCUAAAGUUUCUUCUUCUAAGGAAGACUGGGUUUUGUGUAGAGUGUUCUACAAAAACAGAGAAGUAUCAGCCAAAGUUAGCAUGGGUAGCUGCUAUGAAGACACAGGGUCUUCAUCUCUUCCUGCAUUAAUGGAUUCUUACAUUAGUUUUGAUCAAACUCAAGGUCAUGCAGAUGAGUUUGAGCAAGUGCCCUGCUUCUCCAUUUUGUCUCAGAACCAACAACAAAACCCCAUUUUCAAUCACAUGACAAGCAUGGACCCUAAAUUACCUGCAACUUCUGGAUAUGGAGGAGCACCAAAUUUGGGUUACUGUUUAGACCCUUUAUCCUGUGACAGAAAAGUGUUGAAAGCUGUUUUGAGUCAGAUCACAAAGAUGGAAAGGAAUCCUCUGAACCAAAGUCUGAAAGGCUCUCCAAGCUUUGGAGAAGGAAGCUCAGAGAGUUACUUAUCUGAAGUGGGUAUGCCUCACCUUUGGAACAAUUACUGAUGUGGGACUCUUCUCCAAUGCAAUUAAUCCAUUGUUUUAAGUGAUGGUGAGUGCCUAUGUUUUUUUCCCUGUGCUGUUUGCCUAUUACUAUGAUACACAUCCCUCCAUUAUGUGUCCCAAUAUAUUAGGAAAAAAUGGGACUUGUAAUUCAAACUUAUAAAUAUUUGUAGUUAAUUCUAGUUAGUGGAUGAUUUUUUUUUUUU